AUGCAGAGCCUUCAGAUAGUGUUCGGUGUCCUGCUGGCCGCGGUGACCGUAAUGGCAUUCUUCACCGAGAAGCAACACGAGGUCGCCAAAUCGCUGGCGGACGCCUGCCACGCCGAGUUGGGAGGCGCGCUGCCGGAAGAGUUUGCCAAGAAAAUGCGCCAAGGUGAUCCGUCGCUGGACAGCGAAGUGGCCAAGUGCACCAUCCAGUGCAUCUUUGCCAAGGUUGGCUUCACGGACGACACCGGAGCCACCAACCGGACCGUGCUGGUGGCGAAGCUUUCGAAGGGCAAUCCGACCGAGAAGGUGGAACGUUUUGCCGAUCUGUGCGACAAGAACGACGUCGGGCAGACGAAGUGCGAUAAGGCCUUCGGACUGUACCAGUGUUACCACAAAAACAAAUCGAUCUUCGACUGA